GCCGCCAACGAUGGCUCCACCUCCCGCUCCUCGACCUCGCCGUCUCCUCGCUCCCCCGCCGCGACCUCCCCUCCCACCUCAAGCCCCUCCUCCUCUCCCUCAUCGACGACCACCUGCUCCCGCCCGCCCCGCGCAGCCUCCCCGUCCUCCUCACCUCCUUCCUCUCCUUCCCCGCCGACCACCCGCUCCGCGACCACCUCCUCACCACCGUCGUCUCCGCCUUCGCCUCCGCCCUCGCCGCGCCCGUCUCCAAAGACCACGAGGCCCCGCCCCUCGCCGCUCUCGUCGACGCGCUGCUCGCCGCCGCCAACCGCCCCAACCACGCGCCCGACCGCGCCGCGCGCGCCCUCGCCUGCGACGCCCUGCGCGCGCUCGACGCCGCGCUCCCGGGGCUCCUCGCCGAAGCCCUCGGCCACCUCUACGCGCUCGCCGCCGCAGAGCGCUCCCCGGCCGCGCAGUCAUACCUCCUCCUGCUCGCCUCCGCCGCGCGCCACGCCGUACGACUCGGGAGGCUGGCCGCCACCACCUCCAUCCUCGCGGUGGCCGGCCCGCCCACCCCCUUCUCCGUGCCCGCCCACCUGCUCUCGCCUCCCGCCACGUCUGUUGCGCCGCCCUCGGAGGUCAACGUCAGGGACAUAAGGAAGGUGCUCGCCCUGCUCAUGGACCGGCCGCAGGUGCUCACGCCCGCAGCGGCCAUGGAGAUGACGGCCAUCCUCGCGGAGGUCGCGUCCGCUGUGCUCGAGUGGGCGCCAGCGAUCGCAGCGCACAUCAAGGUGCAGUUUGGGGGAAUGGUGCAUUCCUCCAACCCCAUGCUGCUACACUCGCUGCUCACGCUCUUCGUGCGGUUCCCAGAUGCGUUUGGGGCCGAGGAUGAGCGCACAAUGGCGCGCCGAUUAGCUUUGGCUGCUUGUGAGGCGCACCGCCCACUCACAGCACGAUUGCUGGCUUUGCAUUGGCUACUUGGGUUUACCAGGUUCAGGAAUCUAGUGCCUGGGCUUGCCCGAUGGUUUUACCCUAACUUAUUUGAUCCCCUUGCGCUCAAGGCCAAGAAGCUGGAUUGUCUAGCUUAUGUUGCUGCUGAAGUUGAUGGGGAGAAGGUUGCAGGAGGAAGAGCUAGCGAGCAAGCGAACAGGCUCCUUGAUGAUGGCUUGGUUUGCGUCUCCGCCUUCAGGUGUCUUCCGGCAUGGAGUACUGAAACGGGUGUGGCAUUCCGAGCGCUGCACAGGGUCUUGGUUAUUGCUGCUCCUCACAGCACCGAUGACACGUGCUGCUCCGGGGCUGGUGAGCUCCUGAAUUCUACUAUCUUCCACCAUUUACAGGCUAUCUUGGUUGAUAUGGCAUUGGAGCAUCGUGGUUUAGUCCCAGUGAUUGCAGAGUUCACCAACCGUCUGCUAGCUUGUAACUCACAUCGGUGGGCUGGGGAGUGGUUGCUCCGGACACUUGAUGAGCGCCUGCUUCCAAGGCUUGAGCCAGGCUACCAGCUUGCGUCGUACUACCCUCUUUUUGAGAAGAUUGCACAGAAUGAGACGGUGCCUCAGCUCCGCCUAUUAGAAUUGCUCACCAAGCAGAUGGUUUCUCUCACCAAGAAGCACGGCCCAGACACAGAGCUAAAGUCAUGGUCUCAGGGAAGCAAGGUUGUGGGCAUUUGCCGUGUCAUGCUGAAGCAUCAUCACAGCUCUCAUGUCUUCCUUCCCCUUUCGCAUCUUCUUGUGCUCACCAUUGAGUCCUUCCCUGAUCUUGAGGUUCGGGACCAUGCAAGGAUUUGCUUGCGGAUGUUAUCUUGUGUUCCUGGGAAGAAACUGAGGCAUCUCAUGGGAGUUGGCGAGCAACCUUCAGGUGUCGCGCCUUCUCAUCCGGGUUCCUUAUUCGACAUCCCAUCACCACGUCCUGCUCAGGAUCUUAAGAGCAUGCCUGAUCUGGUGUCAUACAUUCAUCUUGAAAGGAUUGUUCCUCUAGUUGUAAAGCAAUCGUGGGCCCUCACAUUGCCUAAUUUCAGUGUCCAGAGCAGACCAUCUGGUUACAUUCUAAGUAUACAGGAUGUGAGCUCUACUCCCUCUGAGCAAGAAAAGUCAGCAGGACCGACAAUAGAGAGAAUUGGCUAUACACAAGAAACACUUCGUGUGAUGGAUUCUAAAGGUGCUGAAACAUUGCAAAUCCUCAGAAGGUACUUCGCGUGCAUUCCUGACUACCUGCACUCAUCUGGUCUCAAGAUAAGAAUACACUGCACAUUUAGAUUUGAGUCAGAGCCAUUUAACCAUGCAUGGGGAUUGGAUUCGCCAGUUUCAGGUUCUGACGGGGCUGAUGAGUUGCCAGCCCUUUAUGCAGUGGCAAUUACAUUCUCGUCAAGUGCACAGUUCGGAAAAAUUCCCUCAUGUCACGUACCUUUCAUACUAGGGGAACCUCCUGGUUCUGGUAUGGACAUUGUCCCCGUAGAUAAUCAGAACAGGGAAGAAUCCACUUACUGUGCUUCAGUGGUGAUUGAGCUGGAACCUCGAGAGCCUUCACCUGGCCUUAUUGAUGUUUCAGUUGCAGCAAAUACAGAGAACUGUCAAGUCUUAUCAGGGUCCCUUAAACCUAUUACAGUUGGCAUUGAGGACAUGUUUAUGAAGGCCAUUGUACCACCUGAUACACCAAAAGAGGGUGUGGCUAUGUACUAUCAGGAUCUGUUUCAUGCUUUAUGGGAGGCCUGCGAUAGUUCUUCUAACACAGGUCGAGAGACUUUCCCUUUGAGUGGAGGGAAGGGAUCAGCUGCCAUUAACGGGACUCGGUCUGUUAAGCUUAUGGAGGUAACUCCGAAGGUUUUGAUUGGAGCUGUUGAAAGAUACCUGGCUUCCUUUGUUGUCAGUGUUGCUGGAGAUUCACUUGUAACCAUUCUGAGAGGAAAUGGAGUCAUUAAGAACGUUUUGUGGGAAGAAAGUGUCUCAGAUGCCAGUGUAGGUGCUGAUGCAUUGGUUCCAUAUUCACCGGACAGCAAUCUCCAGCUUCAGCUUAUAGACGACGACGAUAUUGGGGUUGGUUCUGAGAGGUAUGGCCAUGAAAGCAAGAGGGAUAUGGGAGUCAUGCGUGUCAUGAUAUUCCUACCACCUAGGUAUCACCUCCUCUUCUUGAUGGAAGUAGGUUGUGCCUCCACAUUGGUCAGGAUAAGGACUGAUCAUUGGCCUUGCCUUGCAUAUGUGGAUGAAUACCUGGAAGCGUUGAUUUCUUAGAGGACUUCUCUUGCCAACAGUGUUCAGUUUUGUACCUUAUGUAACACUAAAGAGUGAACAGUGAGAUUUUGUUUCUUCUUUACCAUUGAGUUUGGAGCGGCAUUCCUUUUUUGUGGAUUCUGAGUUGGGAGCUGUAACUUCCGGAAGAGAGAGCAGUUUUGUUUACUGCUAUCAUCAAGAAUACAUAAUUUAUAUGCUCAAAUUAAGUUCC